AAUACACUAGAAUUUAGGGUGAUAUCCGGUCUAUACAUAUUUAAAGUCUCUGGUAAUGUUGCGUAAAACGUCAAACGUGCAGACAUUUAGGCUGUGCAUUUAGGUUAUGUCCCUGUAAACAAAGUGGGCGAGGGCGACCCUCCACGAAAAGACUGUCUCGUGUGUGAUUUUUUUUAAUUACUAGUAGUGUAAUUGUUUUAGAACAAUGGGUUUAUUAACCGACCCAAGUGCCGGUCAGGGCAAGGUAACGAAGGCGCUGGUAAAAUUGUAUGUAAAAUUGUGUGCAUUACUAUAUUUGGCUGGAAUAGGGUGGUUUUGCUCCCUCGCAUACACCCCGAUGAAUACAGGAACAUAUUUUUCUGAAAAUGCCCUUUUACCAGGUCUAGUCAAAUCCGAAUUUCGAGAAGAUGGAACAGCAAAAUUCUACCAUGAAGAACUUUUGGAUGAAAUGAAGAAAUAUGAUGACGGAAUUCCAUAUCCGUGGUUAUUAGCAAAAAUGAAGCAAAUAGGGUUGUACACGUACACUCAUAACUUCACAUUGCAUUAUCCACUUGGAAGAGCACAAAAAUUCACCGGAAAAAAUGUUUAUGGAAUAGUUAGAGCACCGAGAGGCUCAAGUACUGAAACUUUAGUACUGAGUGUCCCAUAUCGCCCUCCUGUGAGUGUGCAUUCAACAACGGCCCCAUCUAUUGCUGUAAUGUUAGCAUUUGCAAAAUUUGCAAGAAAACAAAAUUACUGGGCCAAAGAUAUCAUAUUUCUAAUCACUGAACAUGAGCAGCUUGGUAUGCAAGCAUGGCUCGAAGCCUACCAUGGCGUAACCUGUGGAAAUGAGUUUACUUUAGACCACGGUACCAUCCGAGGACGUGCGGGAGCUAUACAGGCUGCCAUUAAUCUAGAACUGCAUGAACCCAUGCUUACUCAAGUUGAUAUUAAAGUUGAAGGCUUAAAUGGGCAACUACCUAACUUAGAUUUAUUUAAUUUAGCCGCAAAGAUGCUUUUGAAAGAAAGCUUGCCACACACGUUUAAAAAUCGACAGAAUAAAAAUUUACGCAAUCCAGUAAGAGAUUGGUACUACUCAUUCCAAACAUUAAUGGCUAUGGUUGCAACACAAGCCACUGGGAUACCUAAUGGCAAUCAUGGACUGUAUCACAGAUUUGGGAUACAAGCACUGACACUUGAAAGUUCAGACUUGAGGGGUGGUAAUAAGGCAGGCUUUUUGGUUAUAGGUCGCAUUAUUGAGGGAAUUUUUCGAAGUUUAAACAAUCUCUUGGAACGUUUCCAUCAAAGUUAUUUCUUUUAUUUGUUACCGUCGUCGGAAAGAUUUAUUUCAAUUGGUCUGUAUAUGCCAGCUAUUUGCUUGAUUGCCGGAGCUCUAUUUAUCAAGGCCUGCGCGAAGUGGUGCCAGCUCCAAGAAAAUCAAACCCAGAAAGAGUUCCCGGAACCUAAAAAUAAGACGCUUAAAGAAAAAGAGAAAGUCAAUGGCACAAAACCUGACGACAUGUCAAAAUUUUGGGCGGAGAUGGAUGAAAAAUAUAAAGUGGCGCUCAAAACCUACAAACCCUUAGAUCCCGAUUCCAUUAAUUUUAUUCCCAUCCUCUUUGUCUUCCUAAUGACUCACGUCAUAGGAGUUUUAAUAAUGAAUAGUCCUCAACUAAUCACUUUUCUCGGCGGGCAAUAUAAUUAUUCAACCGAAAUUUCUCUCUUUUACGGCUUUACGGCUAUAUCCCUUGUAUUAUUAAUAAUUCCGCUUUUUAUUCCUUUUAAGGGAUGUGAAAAGAGUAUGUCCACGUUAAAUAUUUUAUCGCUGUUAGAAUUAGGCACCACUUUAAUUUGUAUUUCGAUGAAUAAUUUCUCGCUGGCAUUAUAUUGCGGUGCAAUAUAUGUUCCUUUCGCGUUGAUUAUUGGAAUUUCGCGGUGGAUGUGGACGGCCGCCAUUAAAAAAAUUAUUUGGUUACUAACUCACCCUCUGUUUGUUUUGGUGGCCACUGUUUUGACGUACACGUACGUGGUGUUUCCGGGUGAAAAAUUUGAGGAUAAUUUUUACAGAGGAUUAGCGGCGACGCAGCAAGCCAUUGUUUUCAGUGUAGUAGACUCGAUGAUUUAUGGAAAUUGGUUGUUUAGUGUUAUUACUAGUAUCUUCAUACCCAACUGGUUGUGUUUCUGGAUUGUUGCAUUCGCGAAAGUUCAAACAAAGGAUAACAUUCCAAAGAAAAAAUUAGAUUAAUUUUCAUGUAUAAUAGGUUCCCCUUUUUUAAUAAAAUUUGCCUUUUAUCAGAAUGACGUAUGAGAUUAUACGCGCCAUUAAACAUUUCUAACAGAUUUAUUAAGUUUCAAAUACAAAACUGUGUGUAAAGUAAACUUUAUAAAACCUUGACACAUUUCACUUGUAGUAGUAAAUGAGUGAAGUCGGGUGUUUAUAAAGAUUAAUUUUACCGCCUUUCACGUCAUCUGCCGAUGCCAUUAAUGUCUGAAUUUUCAGACUUACCUAUCUUCAUUUUUUGUGUGUGCGUGUGUAGGAGCACGCGUAAACAUUGAAUACAUCUAGAGCAUGUCAGUAAUUUCAUAUAGUAACAUCUAUUACUAUUUGUCUCUUUACUUGUAACGAGGUACUUGUUUUUUAUACAUUUGUAAAUAUAAUUUAAACAUAAACUGAUUUAAGUAAUGUCUUGUGUGAUGGUCAUCUGGUCGACAAUAGCGAUUUAAGUGUACACCAAAAUAUGUAUAAUAGUGAUCAACCAAUAAA